UCAAUGUAAUAUUUAUUUAUUUAUAGAAGUACAUACAUUUAUUGGCACACAUGCAUAAACACACAUACUUGUGCACACACACAUACACAGACACACACACAUAUAUUUUAAGAAGGAAGCUACUGAAAUAUAUAUGUAUACUUAUUAGAAAGGAGUAUAGCUACCAGGCAAUUAAAAACUAUUUUAUACCCUAAGCCAAAUUGGCAGCAUAUCCUAUAAGGAUGUUUUUUUCCAGUGGUUAGCAACUUACUACUAUGAAUGAUUUGUGUUGAGCUGUGAAGGGAUUUCCAUAGUACUGAAAUCUUGUGUGUGGAAUUUCCACAUAUUUGUAUACAAAUUUUAUCUACACCACACUUCAAGUACAACUAUAUCUCCUGCUUGAUGUUAAAGAACAAGAAAAAUUCUUUGCAGCACUGUUCCUCUCAGAGAGGCAUGGAGAGAUCUUCUAGAGAGUGUGCCACGUGUCACAUAUGGACAAAACCUUGAUCCAGGUGCUAUAUAUUAGCUCUGCUAAAUAAGUUGCAUUAUUUUCAUUUUAAGGUCAAUAAAUAGACUCAAAAAGAUUAAGUAACUUAUCCAAGUGGCAGAAAGUAACACUCUUUGUCAAGUAAGUCGGUAUUCAACUUCAGAAUUUUUGUGAAUAGAAAAAAUAGAAAUAUAAAAGGAAGUUCUUAGGGAACUACUCUCUGAAGUGAAAUGUCUCUCCUAGGCAGUUGCAGUUAACAGUAUCCAAUUUUCUAAGCUUCUCUGGCAGCCACCUGUUACCUCCCGCAAAAGAAAAAUUAAACUAAUCUGAGGGACAGAUUUUUGUAUCUCGGUCAUUUGAGUCCAAAUUUCCAUCUACUUUUGCCUGCAACUGAAGUUAACUAAGCUCAACUGAUACAAGUGCAAAUACCCAUGAAGUCUUCAAGAUUUAUCUGACCACGAUUCAGCAAAAUAGAACUCCUUAGCUGAGUAAAGGUAUGAUUGAGCGAGGGAUCUUACAUUCAAAGGUUGUAAAAGAAUAUACAACUCAGUAACAUUUCAUCUGAAAACCAAUAGAGAGAUAGUUUAAAAUAGAAUCAUUGUUCCAAUUCAGAAAUAAUUGGUAAUAGAUAUGUAAUAUUUAGUUGUACUUGGACCCAAUUUAAAAAAGCAGCUCAAAAUUGUACUGAAGAUGUUAAAACUGUGAAUUGAAAAGGGUUUGGAUAUGGGUAUUGGCCUAUUGUAGCUCUACAUCUACUGGGAAACAUGAAGUAAACACAGAAAUAAUUAGAAAUAUAUAUUAACUAAAAAUAGAAACUUUAACUGGAAUCACCAGUUUUUCAGUUGAGGUAUAAAAAUUGUGAGCAAAUGAUACUCCACAGAUGAUAGGGGCUACUACCUAUUUUUGUAGAAAUAUACAAGAUAUACAAAGUUUUUAAAUAUGCUGUUUUUUGCAUAUGACAGUUUAUGAGGCUGGCAAAAAUUAUUAUUGUUAUCACCAUUUUAUAUAUGCUAAUGAGAUGAGAAAAUAGUCAGGAGACUUCCGGAAUUGACACAGCCAAUAUUUUACAUAGUGUAUAAUGACUAUUCAUUUAGAUCAUAUUGUACGGCGGUUUCGCCUUACAUUUUAAACUUCCUGACCCAAAGGACUUCCAAUUGUUUCCAAAAUGUUCCACAAACCAUUAUGUUUUCUAAGAUUUGUGUACUAUGUAGAGUGGACUAGAGGGGAAUUGCAUCCUAGUUUUAUAGAGAGGGAUUGAAUGAGCCAGUUUAGGAUUCACAGUAAUGAUGCUAGGUUACUACAUUUUCUUGUGCAUAUAAUGCUUCAUGUAUUGUUUUGAUUAUUUAUAUUCACAUUUUACUAUAUUUACAUUUUUAAAAUCAUGGUAACUUAAAUUAAGAAUUUUUUAAAAAUCAUUUAAAAUAGACUUUAAAAAAUCUGCUCCUAGGGUGAAAUUUCUUAACAUAAUUCUUUAAUUCACCUCAGCUUGUUUGUCCCUUGGUUUUGUUAUCUUGUACUUCAUUUAUAUUCAUUUGUAGCAUCAGAUGUUAGGCCAUAUUUAAUUUUCAUCAUAUUCAUUUCCAUAACUGGUUACACAACUUGAUGAGAAAAAAUAUAAAGUGGAUUUUGCUUCUUGAAGAAAAGACAUCAAACUAUCAUAAUCAUACUGGGACUGUCAGUUCAAAUUAAUCAACUGUUUCUGUUUUCUUUUACUGGCAGGACAGAGGGAGAGGGAGAGAAAGAUUGAGAGAGACUGCAUAAAACUCAAUCGGUGAUCAGGAAGAAGGGAAUCUGCUCUUCUAGGUCUGAAUAAUCAAGUGCAUGUGUUUUUAAAUAGCAACAUCUUUGUACUCUAUGCCUCAUUUAAAUGCUCUUAUUUGGUGUGUUGAUUUUCUGUGAUUAUUCAUGUUUCUGUAUAUCCCGAUAAAAUAAUUUAAACAAUCAAUUAAAUCAACUUAAGUAAGCACAGAAUUGAACACAGCAGAGAAAACCCUCUUUGCUGACAAGGAGGGAAGGUCCCUGAUUAGCAUAACCUUCACACGGGGGUUUGUUUUCCUUAUCUAACAAAAAGGGGGCACUUUCUGAAAUUUAUUUCUACAUACGACAGGUAUGGUUUCUGCAGAAACAAAAUAAGCACGUGUUUGAUCACAUUUGUCUAAGGAAAAAGGAAACUUCAUUUACCAUAACCUUAAGCAAUUUGUUUUCACAUGGACUGAAAAGUGAAAGAGCCCUUAAAAAUCAGCCUCAAGCAGCAGAUACUCUUUUUUUUUUUUUAGGUUUGUGUGUCUCCGUGAGAUCAGACGGCUUCCCCAAACACGGUUUUAGAGAGCCUCUGUUAAAAAAGACUGUUAGAGAAAGUUGACCAAGGGCUUCGUUCCACGGCGACCGUUUCCUGCGCGUGCAGCUCCACACAGCGACCGCGGCCUGCAAUGCGCGGAGCACAGCGCGGCCUCUUCCAGCCGAAGCCGCGGUGGCGGCUGGUGGCCACCCCAGGGAAAUAAAGCCAUUGCUGCAGCAGCAAAAUGGCUCAAAGUCCAGCCAAAGCCUGGCCUUUUCCUAUGAGUAAAUACGCGGCCAAUUUGGUUCUCCGUCCCGACUGAUUCCCGGCUCAAUAACGUUUCUACUCCAGGGAGCCCACUGGAACUCCAUUAGCUGUGCCACCUCCUCACGCGCCCCCAGCGCGCGCCUCAGACCGGUGCUUGGAGAGCGCAAUGUCCCCGAGAGGGAAGAUCCCCUACCUGGAAUGGAUGGUUCCAGACCAGCGGGAACGCGCUCUAAUCCUUAAUGGAAGCAAGCGUGGGAGGAAAGCACAACGUCUAGGACUUCCCUCUAGUGUAAGAACAGGAGGAAGAAGAACCUGAGAAGUCGCCGGGGAAGGGAGGCCAGGAGCAGGCGUCCGGCCCCUUCCCACAGUCCGGGAGAAAUUAGUGUUGCGCCCCGCCCCUCCCCGACCCCCUUCCGCACCACACACACCAGCGCCCCUCGCCAGCCUUUCUCGAAUUUCCUCUCACGUCUAUCAACAACCUCCUGGUAAAGAAAUCUGCACUGCACAAGUCAAGAGCCUGCAAGGGCGGGAGAUGUUACAGUCCAGCUCUUCCCAUCUUCCCCCUUUACAUAGUUUCAAAGGUCCUCAUGGCCCUGGUUUUGACCAGUUUUCCAACAGUUUCAACGUUAUGUAUUUCAACUUCCCGUCUCAGUUCACUCGUGUCUGCACCCGUUGCCGAGUGUGGGUGGCGGAGCCCUGGGUGACAGCACUCAGGAUCACGAACCCAUACACUUCUUUAUGCUCGUUGUCAGCCAGUUGCCAAGAGCAGCGGAACAGACACAAGUGGGGGCUGUUUGGAGCGGGAGUGAAGAGUCUUCCAGGCCCAGGAGAGCGCGGAUUCCGGAGUAGGGAGGCGAGGGGGCAGCGUGGGAGACCAGAAGGGAAAAUGGGCUGAAAAGCCAAGCAAAAAAAAAAAAAAAAAAAAAAAAAAAUCGUAAAUUGGGCUUUGCUCCGGCUUUAUAAAGGCAGAGAUGGUCAAGCCCUCUGACUGACUUUGUGCCUUCUUUUUCCAGUCCUUUGUGAAAUAAGCCACUUUCUGCCCUGCUGCAGGAGCUUAGGCUGUGGGAGACUCGCUUGCACUGCCCUGGGCCUCCAAGCUCCCUGCUCGCUGAGCCCAGCGCUGACACUCACAGGAGCUGCGUUCGCUGGAUCCUCUGAGAGGCUCUGCAACGAUCCCGAUCCAAUUCAGCAGCGUUAUAAAAGGUAGCCGAGUGGAGAUGCCUUUUCUUGUCUUUUUCAUUCUUUCAUUCUCUGUCUUUUAAAAUUUUAGCAAUAUCCUGUCUUUUCCCCGUGGAGGGUCUAAGAAUCUUCACUGGGUUUAAUUUAGGAAUUUCAAAUUGGAUAUCUCAAAAUUUGAAUGUGGUCACCUUAAUUGGUAAUCAACAUUGCGAAGUCUUCCAAAAUAGCCUUUUUCAUCUUAUGUAAUUAGAGGUCCAUGAGCUUUCCAAAGAAGCUCUGGAUUUUCCACGGUACAAAUCUGUAUUUCUCUCUCUCUCCCUCUCUCUCUCUCUCUGCCUCUCUCGUGCGUGUGUGUGCGCGCGCCUGUGCGUGCGUUUUCUUUCAUUUCUGGCAUUAGGAAACCCGUUCAGGGCCACUGAAAAGUCAGGGGAGGCUCAGAUGUUAUUUCCCACGGAUUCCUGUUUUUCCGGAAACGUUGUCACCAAAUAAGAAUGAGACUGUUAUUUUGUAGAAACAAUUAGCCCCUACCAAAAAAAAAAAAAAAAAAAAAAAAUUCACCGGAGGGGAGAAGGCUAGGCUGGAAGAGAAGGAAGCUGCUGCUUGGAUUCGCUGGUAGAGGAAAGUGCGACCGGGAGCUGGGCUUGGGGGCUCUCGUCCCCUUAGUUCAGCACCAGAGGGGAUGGACAGCGUCUCCGGACUGGGCUGCAGCCACAGGAACGGAACUACGCUGCCGAGGCCGCUCUCCUUGCCGCCACUGUCGUCGCCAGGGGCAGCUGGGCUCCUUGCUCCUCGCAGCUAAAAGGAGGUGUCUCCUAUUACUCCCUCGCCUCCCGGUCCCCUUCCUUAAUGGAUGAAAAGUACCCCUCCCUCUACACCUGCUGUACCUAAGGACAGGACUCUGAGGAGUACUCUUGCUCCACCGAUUAAACUCUCAGCAGCAACUUCAAGAAUCAUUUUUCUAUAGGGGCCUGGGAGGAAUUCUGGCAGAAGAGUAAAGUCGAAGUUCUUAGAAGCUCUGAGAAAUCAUGGGCCAUGCAGUAGGGGUCGAAAUGUUAAAAGGCCCAUACUUCUUGAAAUAAACAGAAUGGUCCUGAGUGGAUUGCAACUGUUUUGGAAAUAGCUUUGUGAAAAGAGGUUGGAGAUCUACUCAAAAUUCUACGUUAGAGAAACUGAAAAGACAUCUAAUUUCAUUGCUUGGCAGACUGCUCUCCAGAAUGUUGAGAUUGCCCAAGAAGUGACCCCAGCGAAAGAAAAAUAUUGCUCUACCUGAAUUCAAACGACAUCCUUUGUGGUGCCAUAGCACAUGGAUUUCAGAACCGCCUGUGAGGAGACAAAGACAGGAAUUUGUUUGCUGGAGGAUGGUAACCAGGAGCCUUUCAAAGUCCGGCUGCACCUAGCCAAAGAUAUUUUGAUGAUCCAGGAACAGGAUGUGAUAUGUGUGUCUGGUGAGCCUUUCUAUUCUGGUGAAAGAACGGUGACCAUCAGAAGACAAACAGUAGGAGGAUUUGGAUUAAGCAUAAAGGGAGGAGCAGAACAUAACAUUCCGGUUGUCGUUUCAAAAAUCUCCAAGGAACAAAGAGCGGAACUUUCGGGACUACUCUUUAUUGGAGAUGCAAUUCUACAGAUAAAUGGCAUUAAUGUGAGAAAAUGUAGACAUGAAGAAGUGGUUCAGGUUCUUCGGAAUGCUGGAGAAGAAGUGACUCUAACAGUGUCAUUUUUAAAAAGAGCACCUGCUUUCCUCAAACUCCCAUUGAAUGAAGAUUGUGCAUGUGCUCCAAGUGACCAGAGCAGUGGCACCUCCUCUCCUCUCUGUGACAGUGGCUUACAUCUCAACUACCACCCCAAUAAUACAGACACAUUAUCAUGCUCGUCGUGGCCGACAUCUCCAGGCUUGAGGUGGGAGAAGCGAUGGUGCGACCUCAGACUGAUCCCUCUACUACACUCACGCUUCUCUCAGUAUGUGCCCGGCACAGAUUUGAGUCGGCAGAAUGCCUUUCAAGUCAUUGCUGUGGAUGGGGUCUGCAGUGGGAUUAUUCAGUGCCUCUCUGCUGAAGACUGCGUUGACUGGCUACAAGCAAUAGCAACUAAUAUUUCAAAUCUCACAAAGCACAAUAUUAAAAAAAUCAACAGAAAUUUUCCUGUAAACCAGCAGAUUGUCUACAUGGGCUGGUGUGCCCGGGAGCAAGACCCGCUUCAGGACAGAGUGUCCCCAACCUUCCUGGCUAGAGGCUCAUGUCUCUACAAGUUUCUGGCACCUCCAGUGACCACCUGGGACUGGACGGAAACAGAGAAAACAUUCUCAGUUUAUGAGAUUAUGUGCAAGAUCCUCAAGGACAGUGACCUGCUGGACCGACGGAAACACUGCUUCACCGUGCAGUCUGAGUCUGGGGAGGACCUGUACUUCUCAGUAGAACUGGAAAGUGACCUCGCCCAGUGGGAAAGAGCGUUCCAGACAGCAACCUUUCUAGAAGUAGAACGGAUACAGUGCAAGACCUAUGCAUGUGUGCUAGAAAGUCAUCUAAUGGGACUCACAAUUGACUUCAGCACAGGAUUUAUCUGCUUUGAUGCUGCAACAAAGGCUAUCCUUUGGAGGUAUAAGUUUUCUCAGCUUAAAGGUUCUUCAGAUGAUGGCAAGAGCAAAAUCAAAUUUUUGUUUCAGAAUCCAGAUACUAAACAGAUUGAAGCAAAGGAGUUGGAAUUUUCUAAUUUAUUUGCUGUUCUUCACUGCAUUCAUUCCUUCUUUGCUGCCAAGGUAGCUUGUUUGGACCCUCUAUUUUUAGGCAAUCAAGCUACUGUUUCUGCUGCUGCCAGCUCUGCUACCACGAGCAAAGCAAAGUAUACAACUUGACGUACUGAGCUCUGCAUUGACACGCACCAUGACUAUAUAAGCAGAACACAUUUACUCAUCAUUUAGACCCUAGAGAAACCAUAACAUCACCAAGUCGGCAGUGGAGGCAAAUCGAAAU